AAUCAAGGAUGGAUCAGUUUGAAUUGUCUAGAUGUCUGUAGACACUAGACACACCCGACUUCCCCAUCACCUCCUGUUUUUUUUGGUGAAAAUAAUCCCCCUCACCUCCUAUACACUAGCUCUCUCUCGUUCACCUCUUUAAUCUCUCACUAGCGUCGCUGUCGUCACCGUGCCACCAACCGGAGACUACGCCGGCCACUGCCACGUCAUCGUCUUUCUCUCUCCUAGGGUUACCUUAAUUUUGAUAUUAUUUGACAUGUGAAUCAACUUAAUACAGUUUUUUUUUGAUGAUUAAUUCAGGGUUUUUAGUGAGUAAUCCAUGUUCUAACUGAUAUUUUACUAAUUCAUAGAAUUUAGUUUCGUUUUGAAACAAUGGUGAGUGAAAUUUUGUAGUGUUUGUGUUAAUUCAGUGGAAGAUUGGAAUUCUGCUAAAUGAGUAGUUAUUGUUACAAGAUCUAAGCGCAUUGGAUUGUAUAAUUGUGAUUAAAGAUUUAUAUAAUUGACCAUUGAAUUGUUCAGGUUAAGGUUAAUGAUUAUGUAGAAAUUAUAAAUGUGAUAGAACAUGUGUUUGGGAGGUAAAAUGAUGAUAUAAAAUGGAUUUGCAGUCUCAUUGGAAUUCAAUAAGCUAGUAUUGGUGAUGCUUGAUCAUUGAUUUGGUGUUGAGGAUUAAUGGCCUAACUUUCCGAGAUAAUUCGUAUUUGCUAACUAUGCUCUAAUGGGAAGUUAGGGUUUGCUUGUUGAGCCUUUCCUUAAUCUUUCAUCAUGCUUCCCCUGUAAUUGUUACGCAUGUGAUCGUAUUACGACACUGAUUAUCCCCUUUUUGGUUUGUGGAUUCAUGUUCAGAUUUAGUCAAUCCCGAUGCCUCUUUUUUUACCGGCAUUUAGAGCUGUUGGGAGGAGCUGUUUGUUGUGACAAUACUUUAUUAAACCAUUCAUUCGACAUGGACACUAUUGUCUAAUUCGAUGUUUGAGCAGCAUUGCUGGAAUUGAUAGCUUUUCUUCUAGGAAUGUAAUUCAUCCUUCUAGGAAUUCUUUCAAUUCUUACGAUAAACUGCAGAGGAGGUGGUUCUUGGGUUGUGGAGAUGGACAAGAAGGAAAUGCUUUAUCUAAGAUGUACGAAGAGAAACUUGUUAUUGGAAAGCUUACUUCUAAGACCGAAGCAUUUCCUAUCAUAGCUGUAGAUUUGUAUGACGAUAUUUUACCUUGGUGUCAAAGAUCAGAAAUUGUUCGGCGCAAUCCUGAUGGAUCAUUUGAUGCGGAAUUAGAGAUUGGUUUUAGAUUUCUGGUUGAGAGUUACAUUUCACAUGUGGUUUUAGACAAGCCAAAGUUUAUAAGGUGGCAUCAAUGUUCUUCCGGAAGGUGGUAUCUCGAUUGGUCAGUUCGUUUACUGAUCAAUGCCGAUUGUUAUAUGGUCCAGGGGCAAUCAUCGAGCAAGGGGUUUAGCUCAUCUCUAGAAUGUAGUUGCAUUAAGUGAAACUUUUUUGAUAGCUUAAUGCAUGAAACAAAGUUGUUACUAAUGCCUAAAAUUUAGGAUCUAACAAAAAGGUUCAAUCAAUUCAUCAUAUGAGAAUGGAAAGGCAUUCCUUCCAAACGCUAAGUGGUUAUUGUGAUUAUAUAAUAUUAGUCAUUUCCACGUAAAA